GAAACAAACAUCAACUUCACCCAUCCUCGUCGCCAAGCCAUCGCCGUCACUCUUUUACGAAACGUGUCAGACUGUGAUUGUGGCAUCGACGAUGGGAGCAUGAGAGCAUUUCUACGAUGUUGGCGAAGCAUUCGAGCGCCAACACGAUGUUUCACCACUUCUGCAGCUCGACACGAGGUCCGAAGCAUCGCUGAACUCCCGGAUCGCCUACAUCCUCGUUACCAGGAGAUCAAGAGUCACGACCUGUUGGCGCUACGAUGGCCGGUGCCACCUCGCAAUGUUCUCAUUGUCCGGAAAGAUGAAAGCUCAGAGUGUCACGAUGCCGCGAUUGAAUAUGCGAACCAUAUUCACGAAGUCUAUCCUGGAACCUCUGUCAUUUUCGAACCAUAUCUGGCCCAUGAAGUGGACAAGCAGCUGAACUUUCCAAUCUAUGCCGCAAAUGGAGAAGGUAAUUCUGCGUACGAGAAGAAGGUUGACCUUACCUCUACCUUUGGCGGAGACGGCACGAUCUUACAUGCAGCCUCUCUCUUCGCCACAGCCAAAAGCGUGCCACCAGUGCUCUCAUUCAGUAUGGGCACAUUGGGCUUUCUGGGCGAAUGGAAGUUUGCAGAGUACAAACGCGCUUUUCGAGAAAUGUACAUGUCGGGUUCGCCCUCGACUGUGCCUCCCAAGAGCACAGACGAGCCAGAGCUCAAGGAGAGAUCUGAUGCGUGGACCGAAGCACGUGGCAAAUCGAUGGGCGAGUCUCGAAGCGCACGUAUACUGUUACGGAACAGACUUCGCAUUGGAAUCUUCAGUUCUGAGGGCGAGCGACUUCCUCAUGAGCCACCCUUUGCUCAUGCGGACAGCAAAUGCGAUGACAUUUUUGCGCUGAACGAGGUGCUGCUGCAUCGUGGCGCUCUACCACACUUGGCUCAUAUCACGAUAUUGAUCGGCUCUCCUCCACAUCAGAAGACAUUGACGACCGCCAUCGCGGAUGGAUUCUUAGUCUCGACACCUACAGGAUCUACAGCCUACAGCUUGUCAAGUGGCGGCUCUAUCGUUCACCCUCUGGUAUCCUCCAUUCUGCUGACGCCUAUCUGUCCGAGGUCUCUUUCAUUUCGACCUCUUGUGCUUCCGGCGAACACGCCAAUCACACUUCGCAUCGAAAAGCAGAACCGCGGCAAAGAAAUUGAAGUCUCUGUUGACGGUGUAAGACGACAAGAAGGUCUGAGAGCAGGCAUGGAGGUGAGAGUCGUUGGCGAGGAAGUGCGCUCGCCAGGAGCUCCAGGAGCAAGAGACUGGCUCCGAGGAGUGCCUAGUAUUGUGCGCUCAGGUGGUGCCGCUGAUGGGCAAGAUCACUGGGUUGGCGGUCUGAACUCGCUGCUGAAGUUUAAUUAUCCUUUUGGAGAGCACGGCUAGAGUAAAUGUAUAGAGAAGAGGCAUCGUAGCCAGAUCUUGUGUUGCGAAC